AUGUUAGCCACCAAAAAUUUCAGUGAUGACACUUUCAUCGCAGAAGGUGGUUUCGGGAAGGUGUAUGUAGGAAUACUCACGCUAUCCGAGAAGCAGAUCAGAGUUGCUAUGAAGAGACUGAAUCGUCAAUUUGGACAAGGGAAUCGUGAGUAUUUGAUGGAAAUUCAAAUGCUCACAUGCUAUAGGCACAAAAACCUCGUUUCCCUUGUUGGAUUUUGUGACGAGAAUGGAGAAAGUAUCUUGGUUUAUGAGCAUGUAAAACAUGGAAGCCUUGACAGACAUCUAAGAAAUGCUAGUGAGCUCUCCUGGAUCCAACGUCUCAAAAUAAGCCUCGGGGCAGCCCGUGGGUUUAACUACCUACAUUAUGAGGUGGGUGCUGAACAUAGGGUUUUGCAUCGCGACAUAAAGAGCCCAAACAUUCUCUUAGAUGAGAACUGGGAAGCAAAAGUAGCUGAUUUUGGGUUGUCCAAAAUAGGUCGUUCAAAUGUAGAGUUCACGUAUGUUGUCACCGAUGCUUGUGGAACCAUUGGCUAUAUUGAUCCACGAUAUUUAGAAACCGGCAUUCUUACCAAAGAAUCAGAUGUUUAUUCCUUUGGUGUGUUGCUAUUUGAGAUAUUAAGUGGAAGGCAUGCAUUUAUAUCUCAAGAUGGGCGUGGUUUACUUGCUAACAUUGCCAAACAGUCAUGUGAGAAAAACACAUUAGAUGAUAUCAUCCUUCCCGAUCUCAAGAAUCAAAUGAGAGAAGAUUCAUUGAACGUGUUCACUAAGGCUGCAUAUCAAUGCUUAAAAGAAAAUAGAAUUGAUCGCCCAACAAUGGGUGCGAUUGUGGAGAAACUAGAAUAUGCGUUGCUACUCCAAGUCUGCAACUAUUCCACAACAUUUAUUCGGGUAGGAACUUGGGGAAAGCAAAUUGCCGGUCAGAAUAAUGAUCAAUGGUCUUUUAAACUUGAGGAAAAUCAUAAACUCCAAAAGAUAAUAAUUGAUCAUGGUGAUGUAAUCUACUCUCUCAUGUUCACCACUCAAUGUGGAGGUAUCUUUCACACUUCAAACAAGGUUGGUGGUUCAGCCGGUGGAGACAUUGUUUCUAAGGUCAUGCUUGAUGACGACGAGGAAAUAAUUGAUAUCAAAGGAACCGUUGCUACCCGAGGUGGUAAUACAGUUAUAUCAUCACUUACGUUUGUCACGAACAAGAGAACCCAUGGGCCUUUUGGUCGAGCAUCAGAGAACGUUUUCACUAUCCCUUGGGAAAAAGGCUCGUUAGUUGGUUUUUAUGGCUUUGCUGGCGAUUUUAUUGAUGCCAUUGGUGUCUAUUUGAAAGCAGAUGCUGAAAUCAUGAAUGUUGGAUCAUCGGGAGCAGAUUACAAUCCGCCUGGACAUAAUGGUUGGUCUUAUGAAAUUGAGAGAAAUCAUCAUCUGAAGGAGAUAGUCGUUGAACAUGGCCAUGGUGUAUAUUCUCUAACUUUUACUUCACAAUAUAAAGGGUUAAAAUACACAUCUGCAAAAGUCGGUGGUUGGUCUGGACCGUAUGGUGAAGAUAAAGUUUCCGUGGUAACAUUGGACUGGGAUGAAGAAAUUAUUGGCAUCAGUGGAACAGUUGCGGUAUCUGAGGGAGUUUAUGCAGGUUACAUAGUCAUUGCAUCGAUAUCAUUUGUGACGGACAAAAGAACACAUGGGCCUUAUGGCACAGAAAGAGGGACACCUUUCACCGUACAGUGGGAACAUGGUUCUGUUGUUGGAUUUUAUGGCCGUCAUGGUGCUUUUCUUGAUAGCAUCGGUGUCUAUUUGAAGGCCAUGUUGUAAGAUGAAUGAAAUUCCUUUUGUAUUUGUUGUCUAAUGUUUAUUUAAUUGUCAGUUUAGUUGAAGUUUAUGUCCUGUUUUCAGCAAAGUUAGUUUUUCCCUUUUUCCCUGCUAAAGUCUAUUUAAGGACUUAGUUGUAGCCAUUUUCAAUGAAUGAAAGAAUCAAAUCGGUGGAAUUUGAUCAA